AUAACACUGUUUGCAAUAAACCUACAGUGGUUCUCAUUCCUCAUAUGGAUGCUCUUUUUGUAACAAAAUCUGCCAUUUCCAUGGUGUCUUAUUUUUCUUUUCAGACAGAAAAAUGACAAGUAUCUCUGCAGUAGUAGAAAUCUGUCCUUACUGUAAAAAGCCAUUUAAGCGUCUCAAAUCCCACUUGCCCCAUUGUAAGAUGGCAGGAGAUGCAUUGUCGGCUGUCAACUCCAGCGAAGUUUCUUCUGUCCCAGUGACUGGUAAUUCUGCCACACCUGAAUGUCUGAAUACUAAGAAGAAGGGGCAGAUCAAAAGUACAGAAAUGGCUUCCAAAAAAGAAAAUAAGAAAAUCAAACCUAAGCUGAUAAGGAAUGAAGGCAAAGUAAAAUCAAAUUCUGUAGAACCAAUUGAAAUGGCUGGAUUAGCACCUGUCAGCAAUCAGCUUACACCAAGGCCAGAUGAAGAUAUACAACAGCGAAUUAAACACUCCGCUGAAAAGUCACAGAAAAGAGAAAAUGGCACACCAAGAGCCCCAGGAGAAGACCUAGCACAUGCACAGGAAGCAGAGAUAGUACUUUCAAAAACAACGCUUUCAAAAAAGCCCCCCAGAGUACAGAAAAGCAGAAGUAAAAUUACCUCUGAUGAAGAGAAAAGUGUGUCUGGUAUCAUUCAAGAACCAUUGACUCAGACCGGUAAAUCCACUUCCAAAUAUCCUGGACAGCUAAUUAAAGAGACAUCUGCAAAACAGGGACAACCUAAGGAAGGAUCUGCAAAGCAGAGUGUAUCUGCAUGGGUGGAUUCCUCCAUGGAUGAUCUUCAAGCCAUUCCUCAGGGAGUUAAUGACAAAGUAGAACUAGUGAUUGAUAAUCAUCAUGUGAGAGUACUGAGGAAGAGAUGUGAUACUUCUGUUCAGAAUAGCCCAUUAAAUAAAGGUGCCAUUGGCAACAACAAGAUGGGACACCAGCCUGUGGAAUCAUUCUCAGCCAGUGCUGAGAUCCCAUUGGCCACUGAGAAGCCAAUUAUCACGGGAAAAGAGAACAGAAAGAGAGUUUUAGGUCUUGAGCUUGAAGGGGACACUUUGAAUGGAGAGACAGGAAAUGCUGUGAGUACAUUUAAAGAUUCUGAUGACCGUUUUCUGAACAGCCACAGAACGGUUGCUGAUGUUCCUGUUCAGCUGGCUUCAGGAGUAAAAAGUAUGAUGGAUGAAAAUCAGUCAUCAGUAAUUUCUCAUAAAGAGUCUCUGGUUUAUCACAAUCCCAAAUUGAAUCCCUACCUCACAUUUACAGAAACUCUUCAAAUAAGAGGUAAUGAUGACAUAUCUAACUGCUACCUAACUUCUUUAGAAAAGGAUAUUACUUUAGAUUCUGGGACCUUUGGGAUAACCAGAGGCAACAGCUCAGGGUUAUCUUUGAAACCACCCUCAGUUCAUAUGUUAGAAAUGACUGCUGCCCAAAGGUCAUCAUCUCCCAAGAGAGGCUUACCGCCAGGUUCUUUGGGACUGGAGUGGUUUCCAGAACUGUAUCCUAAUUAUCAGAGCGUAUUUUCGAGGAAGCAGAACCAGUGGGACACCAGAAUCUCAAAAACCGAAGUUACCAUUCUCCCUCAUGAAGGGGAGGGCAUUCCGCUGGCAGAAAGGUCCUUGAUGGAUGCAAAGCUUCGAGAUUUGCCUGCUUGGCUGGCUACUUGCAAGCCAUUUCCCCGGGGCAUGCUGAGAGCAACAUGCAGAGCCUGGAAUGGAUAUUACAACCGAUACAUCAAUGUGAAAAAGGGUGGAGUGGCUGGGAUCUCUAUGCUACUGCUCGGCUACUGUGUCCUCAGCUAUGCUUGGAGCUACAAACACAUUAAACAGAAUCGCUGGCGCAAAUACCACUGAUGAGGGUGAAAGAAUGCGAGGCAGAAGGCAUGGUU